UCACCUCUAUAAAAUAAGGAAAUUCAUUGUUAUCUUUUGAGUUGUGUCCAGCAUUAUCAGAUUAAUGAGACAAAGUUGCAAUUUAGCUGCUGAUCUUUGCAUACUGAUUUGUGAAUCCUUCAAUGAUAGAUAUUCCUCAGAGGCUCCAGCAUUACCAGCGGCUCAUAACAUCAGACAGAGUGUUAAGGCUCACCGUAGACUGGUAAAUACUUCUUGUUUUGAGAAUGAAGAGCAUUGUUGUCUAUCACUGUGUACUGGGGUGUUUUCUACAUCCUUUGGCUCAAUACACUGUUUCAACAUCUGAGUUUUGGGUGGAAGGAGAUUAUUUGAUAGGUGGACUUUUUAAUAUUCAUCAGCUGAAUGACUCUCUUCUUCAUCAAAGACCAGAAGCCAUUGACUGCUCCAGUGCACCUUUUAUUCUGUCCAGUUAUCGAAGGUUUCAAAUGAUGAGAUUCUCUGUAGAAGAAAUCAACAAUUCUACCAAGCUACUGCCAAAUGUGUCACUUGGCUAUGAAAUCUUUGACCACUGCACAGAUUUUGUGAGUUUCCCAGGACCUUUAAACCUAAUCUCUGAUAAUGGCUUUAUGCACCCUCUGGAAGAACCACACAAUUUAUCCAAAGUGAUAGCAGUGGUCGGGACCUAUACAAGCCCUCAGGCACGAGCUGUAGCCCCUCUGUUCAUGAUGAAUCUCAUUCCAAUAGUCAGUUAUGGAGCUUCCAGUUCAAUCUUUUCAAGAAAACAGACCUUUCCCUCUUUCUUAAGAACAGUGCAUCCCAAUGAAGAGGUCAUAAAAGGCAUUGUUAGUAUUGUCAAGCAAUUCAACUGGAAAUGGGUUGCUUUUCUUUAUGUUAAUAAUGAUUAUGGAACAGAUGGCCUGGACUUGUUUUUAAAAGCAAUUAAUGAGACUGACAUCUGCCUUGCAUAUAGCAAAGGCCUUGAUCAAGAUACAGAUUACAGUCUAAUGUUUAGACAGAUUGAUGCAAAAAACAUUAAUAUCAUUAUUGUUUUUGCACCUGAAUGGACUGUUGAAGAACUCAUGGAGUCAGUAAAAAGAGAAAAUGUUACAAACAAGGUGUGGAUAGCAACUGAUACAUGGUCCCUAAACAAAAAAAUAAUAGACCAGAUACAAGGAAGCAAAAAUAUUGGCACUGUACUUGGGGUUGCUCAGCCUAAAAUGUCAAUACCUGGUUUUAGUGAGUUCAUUCAUUCUUUCAAGGCCAAGAAUCACUGUGAAAAUGCAGAGCAACAGAAGUUUUGUAAUCAGGUUUGCAACUGCAGUAGCCUGACUGCUGAGGAAAUCAUUGAUGCAGAUCCAUCGUGCUCUUUUCCUGUUUAUUCUGCCGUGUAUUCCAUUGCUCAUGCCUUACACAAUAUGUUACAAUGUGGAGCUGAUGGAUGUAAAGACAAUAUUACAGUCUACCCCCAUAUGGUUCUUACAGAGUUGAGGAAGACAAAUUUUACCCUUUUAAACCAAACCAUUCAGUUUGAUGAGAAUGGUGACCCCAUGUUUGGAUCCCACUCAGUCGUUUUUUGGGGCCCCAGUGGCGAUGUGCAGGAAGUGGGCUAUUAUACUUGUCAUCCAUCAUUCCAUUUCUUCAUCAACAACACCAAAAUUCAGUGGCAUACAAGUGCACAAGUACCAACUUCCGUGUGUUCUGAAGAAUGUAAAAUAGGCUACAAGAAAACACAACUUGGAAUCCACAAGUGUUGCUUCAGUUGCACAAUUUGUCCACGUGGGACUUAUAUCAACAGCACAGACAAUCCCUCCAAGUGCAUCACCUGUAAAGACACAGAAUGGUCUGAAGAAGGAAGUACAUCAUGCAGUCUGCGGGUGGUGGAGUAUACACCAUUUACAGACAUUUGGGCUAUAGGGAUCAUGGUUGGUGCCUUUAUCUUGGUGUUCAUCUCACUGGCCUUGUCUGUUCUCUUUGCCCUUAACUACGACACACCUGUUGUCAAAUCUGCUGGAGGACCAAUGUGCUUUCUGAUUCUAGGUUGUCUCAGUCUGUCUAGUCUUAGUGUAUUUUUUUAUUUUGGCAAACCAACAGAUACUUUUUGUAUCUUAAGAUAUUUACCAUUUUUUUUAUUCUUCACCAUUUGCUUAGCAUGCUUUGUUGUACGUGCAUUUCUAAUUGUGCAUUUUCAAAACAGCUACCAAGUUCCCAGUGCUGUACAGCUGGUGGAUGAAAUAUCACGGGCAGUGGAUGUUCAUUGCUGUGGUGUUUGUGACACAGGCAAUCUUUCUUCUUAUUAACUUUACAUAUAUCCCCCCAAGACCUAACAUUGACAUGUCUUGGAACUCAAAAAAAAUUAUACUUUACUGUGAGACUGAUUUUAAAGCAGCAUCUGCUUCUCUGGUUUU